AGUGUUAGUUGAGUCCGGCACACCAAGCUCGUAGAAACAGCCUGUGCAAUUUGUACUACACUUAUCUGCGACAGACGCAGGAAUUGUCCUUUAGUUUCCUGUUUUCUAUUACCUUAGGCGACAAGAAGUCAUCAUCAUGAACUCUCUUAACCAACAGUAUGAGGAGAAGGUGCGUCCCUGCAUCGACCUCAUCGACUCUCUUCGCUCUCUGGGUGUAGAGGAGGACUUGGCUCUGCCUGCUAUCGCCGUCAUUGGAGACCAAAGCUCGGGGAAGAGCUCCGUGCUGGAGGCGCUGUCAGGGGUAGCUCUACCAAGAGGAAGUGGCAUUGUGACAAGAUGUCCCCUCGAACUGAAGAUGAAGAGAAGGAAAGAAGGAGAGGGGUGGUACGGGAAGAUAAGCUACCAGGACUUUGAGGAAGAGCUAAAAGACCUUGCAGGUGUGGAGAAGAAGAUUAGAGAAGCUCAGAAUAAAAUAGCCGGGACCGGGUCUGGGAUCAGUCAUGAACUCAUCAGUCUGGAGAUCGCCUCUCCUGAUGUUCCCGACCUGACGCUCAUUGACCUGCCCGGCAUCACCAGGGUGGCUGUAAAGGGACAAAAAGAAAACAUUGAAAAUCAGAUAAAGAGCCUGAUCCAGAGGUUCAUCACAAAACAAGAAACCAUCAGUUUGGUGGUUGUCCCCUGCAAUGUGGACAUCGCAACCACAGAAGCUUUGAAGAUGGCACAGGAAGUGGAUCCUGAAGGAGAGAGGACUCUGGGGAUCAUGACCAAGCCUGAUCUGGUGGACAAAGGCACAGAGGAUUCAGUGGUUAAAGUUGUCCAUAAUGAGGUUUUCCCCCUGAAGAAAGGCUACAUGAUCGUCAAGUGCCGGGGUCAGAAGGAGAUCAAAGACAAAGUGUCUCUUACUGAAGCGCUAGAAAGAGAGGAAGCCUUCUUCAGCGAACAUGCCUAUUUCAAGACUCUCUACGAUGAAGGCCAUGCCACUGUUCCUAAACUGGCGGAGAAACUCACUCUUGAGCUGGUGCAUCAUAUCAAGAGAUCUCUGCCUCGACUGGAAGAACAGAUAGAGAAGAAACUUAAGACUACUCAGGCAAAUCUGGACAAAUGUGGCCAUGGACCCCCACCAGACGCAACGGAGAGGAUUGGUUAUCUCAUUGAUAGAGUGACAGCAUUUACACAGGAUGCCAGCAGUCUCACCACAGGGGAGGAACUAACAUUUGGAGGCAGGCCAAACGUCUUUUCCAUUCUCAGGAAAGAGUUUGCUGCAUGGAAAGAUGUCAUAGAGGACUCUGGAGUAACAUUCAACAGGAACAUUGAGAAGGAGGUGAAUCAGUAUGAACAAAAGUACCGUGGAAGAGAGUUGCCGGGCUUCAUCAACUACAAGACGUUUGAGGGCAUGGUCAAAGAGCAGAUCAAACGGCUGGAAGAGCCUGCUGUACUGAAACUCAAGGGAGUAACAGGCAUGUCUUAUCAUGAUACUUGCAGACCACCUGAAAAUGUGAGACCUUUGAGUUAUUUUAAAUUGAUCUGGUAUUGUCUGGAUUUUUAUUUUACAUCAGAAAUUGUGAAGAAGGAGCUGUUAGAGUUGGCGCAGAGCAGCCUCGUUGGACUUCCCAACCUCAUCAGAACAGCCCAGAUGAAGAUCGAAGCCAUCACAAAGGAGAAGGAGGCUGCUGCAGAGUCCAUGCUGAGGACUCAGUUUAAGAUGGAGAUGAUUGUUUACACCCAGGACAGCACAUACGGCAAGAAGUUAGGGAAGAGGAAGAGGGAAGAAGAACAGCCUGCUGCGUCAUUCUUUCGUGCACAAAAGAAUACUGUUGUGCCAUCCUUUUGUUCACAAACGAAUCCGCUCGGCAUCAGUACUGUAAACAGCAGUAACAGUGGGGCCACCCUUAAAGAGAUGCUCAAACACCUUGAAUCCUAUUACCAAAUUGCUGGCCAGCGUUUGGCUGACCAGAUCCCGCUGGUGAUCCGCUACCAUGUGAUGCAGGAGUCUGCCCUCCAGCUGCACAGGGAGAUGCUGCAGAUGCUUCAGGACAAGGAGAAAACCGAGUGCUUGCUUCAAGAGGACUUUUCAAUGGAAAAUAGGAGAAGACAACUUCAGAAACGCCUGAAGCGCAUGUCAGGGGCCCGUGUUCUGUUGAAUGACUUCAGCAUGAACAUAUACAACUUCAACACAACCCAAGUAAAGCGCAAACCUUAAAAUCAGAUUCCUGAUGGAAGAAGUUAGUUGGGUUUUCACAUUCAUCACAUUUCUUUUCUUUUGCAGAUUUGUGAUAUUAUUAGUCACUUAAGCUAGAACAGCAAGUAAAAUAAAGAGUGGCUAUUGAUAAGUGAUCCAAUGUAAUAUUCUUAUUCAUUAUUUGCCUUUUAAUUAAUUUUGUUCAUAAAUAUUAUGACUUGUUAUUCUUCUUCAUAUUAUAUAUCACUUACAUGUUUACUCUUAUGUUCUUGUUGAACUUGUGUGAACUCUUAUCUGCACUGUCCUUUGUUUCUCUCUUAAUCUGUGGCAGCUUUAACACCUGAAUUUCCCUACGGGCACCAAUAAAGGUCUAUUUUAUCUUG